AUGGGUGCAUCAAGCUUAGGCUCUGCUUUAGCAAAUUGCAUUAAUCUCUCAAAUUUGGCACUUUAUCUUUAAGAAAGUUAAAUUGGUGUAAUUGGUGCAUAAGGCUUAGGUUCUGCUUUAAAAAAUUUAACUAAUCUCUCAAAUUUAACACUUGACCUUUAUGACAAUAAGAUUAGUAAUGAAGGGAUAUCAGGAAUAUGUUCUGGUUUAGCAAAUUGCACUAAUCUCUCAACUUUAACACUUGAUUUUGGUAGCAAUUAAAUUGGUUAUGAAGGUGUAUCAGAAUUAAAUUGUGCUUUAGCAAAUUACACUAAACUCUCAAAUUUGGUACUUGUGCUAUUUAACAAUAAAAUUGGUGAUAAAGGUGCAUUAGGCUUAGGUUUUGCUUUACCAAAUUGUACAAAUCUCUCAAAUUUAACUCUUGAUCUUAGUAAAAAUUAAAUUUGUGAUGAAGGUGUAUAAGGCUUAGGUUUUGCUUUACCAAAUUGCACAAAUCUGUAAAAUUUAACACUUGAUCUUGGUGGCAAUAAAAUUAGUAAAGAAGGUAUUUCAAAAUUAGGUUCUGCUUUAGUAAAUUGCACAAAACUCUCAAAUUUAACACUUGAAUUUGUAGCUAAUAAAAUUGGAGAUGAAGGUGUAUCAGGCUUAAGUUUUGCUUUAGCAAAUUGCACUAAUCUCUUAAAUUUGACACUUAACUUUCAAGCCAAUUAAAUUGGUGAUUAAGGUGGAUCACACUUAGGUUCUGCUUUCGUAAAUUGCAAUAAUAUCUCAAAUUUGAAACUUAAUCUUAAUUUCAAUUAAAUUGGUGCUAUGGGUGCAUCAGACUUAGGUUCUGGUUUAGCAAAUUGCACUAAUCUCUAAAAUUUGACACUUGAACUUAGUUAAAACUAAAUUGGCUCAAUUGGUGCAUCAGGAUUAGGUUCUGGUUUAGCAAAUUGCAUUAAUCUCUCAAAUUUGACACUUGAACUUAGUGAAAAUUAAAUUGGUGCUGAAGGUGCAUCAAACCUAGGUUCUGCUUUAACAAAUUGCACUAAUCUCUCAAAUUUAACAUUUGCCCUUAAUGACAGUAAUAUUGGUGAUGCAGGUGUAUUAGGCUUAGGCUCUGGUUUAGCAAAUUGCACUAAUCUCUCAAAUUUGAUACUUAACCUUGGUGAAAAUAAUAUUGGUGAAGAAGGUGCAUCAGGCUUAGGUUUUGCUUUAGCAAAUUGCAUUAAUCUCUCAAAUUUGGCACUCGACCUUGGUACCAAAUAAAUUGGUGCAAUAAGUGCUUCAAGAUUAGGUUCUAGUUUAGCAAAUUGCACUAAACUCUCAAAUUUGGACCUUUACCUUAGCUCUAACUAGAUCGAUGAAUCAUAAUAAUUGAAACUAAAAAGCAAGUGUCUUAAGUCAAAAAGAUUAGUUUUAUUUUCAAUAUAAGUCUAAUGA